AUGCGGUGCCACCAGUUUCCGCUGCAUAAUGGCGCGAUGCACCCGGUUGCCGCAUGGUCUCUGGACGGCCAUGAGAUCCCGCAGUCGGCACGCGACCACCUACAUGCUCUCUUUCACCAGCCGCUCCACCCUACGUUUCUACCGGCGUGCGCAUGGUCACUGUCGCGCACACAGCCACCGUCGGACGUGCUUCUCAACGUGCACGUGGGCGUUUCAGCCUCCAAGGUCGCAGGUGGCACUCAAUUUCUUGUCUCGGGCGACUAUGCGUUCUACCAUUACAUGCAGCAAGGGGUCAACGACAAGGGUUGGGGUUGUGCGUAUCGGUCGCUCCAGACCCUGGCUUCGUGGCUAGUCUUCAACCGCUACACUUCGGUUCCCGUCCCGACCCACCGUGAGAUUCAAGAAACACUGGUGCAAAUUGGCGACAAGCCGCCCCGUUUUCUCGGCUCGUCCGACUGGAUUGGGUCGAUCGAAGUGGGGUUUGUGCUCGACGAGCGCUACGGGAUCACAUUUCGAAGCCUCUCCUGUGCAUCGGGCGCCGAUUUGCCGUCCCGGGCACACGACCUCGCGCUCCAUUUUGAGUCGCAGGGAACGCCCGUCAUGAUGGGCGGCGCUUCCAUGGCGUACACGGUGCUUGGUGUUGACAUCCAUGCGUCAACGGGCGACGUAGCGUAUUUGAUUCUGGAUCCGCACUACACUGGUCCCGACGAUCUGGUGACGAUCCAAACAAAGACAGUGUCCCUCGAGGGCUUCAAGGGCGUCGCUUGUGGCUGGCGCAAAACAACGUCGUUUGCACCAGGAAGCUUCUACAACUUUUGCCUGCCCCAGCGCCCAGAGCUGCAUUGAUCCACGAUUCUAACAUGGGAUUUGAUGUCCC